CAUAACACAAGCACACACACUCACAGAUCACUCACCACCAUAGUCUGUAUAAUGAAAUGGGUGCUAAACUCACUUCAUUUGAGAAUAGGUCUAGUGUGGAAAUGGAAAUUAGAGCUUUCAUUCUUCCAACUAGGCCAGACCAUUAUGUUAGUAUAGCAAAAAUUAAACCAGGUGAAACUAAGGAAUUAGUUACCAAAUCGUUAUGUUACGACGAUAUUGAUCCUGAAAACCCUACACUCAUGAUGAUUUAUAUUGAGUCAAAAUUCAUAUUUUUACAACAAAUGGAUGUGAUUAACUAUGCCAAAAUUAUCUGCGACUUAAAUGAAGAUGGAAUACUUAAUAUUAGAUACAUCAAAGUAAAACUCGCUAGCCUUCGCAGGUUCAGGGGCUUUAGCUUCUGCCUGGGAAGGGACUAGCAAUCCUGGUAUGUACAUUAUUUUUUUUCCCAUUGUUAAUUUCAUUUAAUAUGUUGUGAUUAUGAGAUUUGUUGUUUAAUUAGGAGAUUUUAUCAUUGUUCCUUAGUGUUGUGUUUGGUUGGAGGAUUUAAGAAGGGAUUUGGAAAGGGAAAGGAAAAAGGUGUGUGAAAUUAUGUGAAAUAUAGGCAUGAUUUAUUCACAUUUCACAUACCUUUUUCAUUUCUCUUUCUAAAUUCCUCCCUAAAUCCCCUAACCAAACGCAGCAUAAAUAUUUUGAUCAAAAAUUUUGUUAAAAGCCGUUGUUUUAGGCAUCAACUUUUCUCCUAAUUAUGGAUCAGAGAGAUCUAGUCCAGGCGGUGGAUUUGUUACGGGUUAUAUGAUAAUUUAAGUCGUUCAACAUGUAUGUCUUUGUGGAGAUCAUUUAUGAAAUAAAAAAAAAAAAAGAUUUUAUUUGAUAAUCGUAGCCACAAGAUUUUAUCAUACUUGUCAUUUAAAAAAAUAUAUAUUGUAUAUUUUCAAAAUCAUUUUUGUUGUUCAUUUUUUUAAUAUAAAUAUGAUAAAAUCAUAUAAUUAUAAUUAUUAAAAAAAAAAAUUCAUGAAUAAUCUAUGCACAAGGGCCAACACAAUAAACGACUUUGAUCAUCAAAGUGGAACAUAGGUGUCCCACAGGUCGGACUAGACCCCUUUGGUCCAUACGGGAGCUAAAGAGGAACAAUGUAUCUUCACAUCUCUACCAUCAUCUUUCUAUUAUCUAUAUGAUUAUAGAAGGCAAUGAAUGAUUAUUAACAGUAAUUUUAUAUACUUCUCCUUCAUGUUCUU